AUGUUUGACCUGAGACGCCUGAUCGUGGUCGUCGCCAACCGCCGCUUCGUCUUCGCCUUAGCGGCCAUCGCUAUCCUCGCCGCCAAACUCAUCCACAUCUCAUCUCAUAUCAGCGCCCUGACGACGCGCGAAGUGAAGAAAUGGGGUUUCUCCUUUUUUACCCAGGAUGUGCUCCUGCUGGUGAUCAUCCGCUUUCUGCUUGACUCCGCCCUCUUUCCGCCCCGUGGCCCACGAUUCGUACGACUGGGAGCAUCCACCAUCGCAUAUUCUUUCAUUGCCUUCACCACCACUCUCAGCAUCAUCAAUAUAUGCUUCUUCGUCGUCAGCGGCUCCGAGAUUCACUGGCGAAAUGUCGGCGUCGCUGGUGGCGCCGCCGGCCGCGCUCUUGUCCUGUCAGGCCUCCUCUCCUCAAUCGUGGUCAUGGGCAUCCUGACCCUCCUCUCCUGGGCCUUUCAAAACAUCUUGUUUGUCGUCGUUGGUUUGGCAACAGAUGCUAUCACCUGCUUCGUGGCAUUUGUGACACGCGGCCGGCUCUGCGAUGUUCAAUUGCAGUCGGCCAACGACGAUUACCUCCGGCUCCCACAGAGCGAUAUGGAAUCCGCGGCCAAACCCAAGAAACGAGCUAGGCCGAGUUGGACUCACUUCGUAUUGUAUAUCGUCGUGAUCUCAGCAAUACUCAUUCAGAUAAUCCAGUCCUUCAUUCGACCGCACGACCGUUCAUUGACCUUCAUGUCCUGGACCCCGGCGCUUCUCCCCUUUAUCGACUUGAAGAAUUCGGCACCGAACCUUGAGACCGUGAUUCCGCACUACAAGACCGGCAUCAAUCAUGAAUGGGAUAGCCUAACCCCACUACGCCAGCCAAUCCCUCUUCCGUGGCUACCAGAAGAACCGAUCGACGGAUUCGAGGACUGGUACAAGAAUGAGUUGCACUACGACGCGUCAGCAGACCCCCUCAGGAUCUCCAACCUGGAGGAGCCACUGCGUCCCGAGCUAGGCGAUCUCAAGGAUGUGCCGAUUCGUCACAUCAUGACCAUAGUCCUUGAGAGCACUAGAAAGGAUGUCUUCCCCAUCAGGGAGUCCGGUGCCAGCGUGGAACGCCUGAAAAACUCCUGGGAUGACAAGAAGCUGCCCGACGCUGCGUUGAAGCGCCUCAAGAGUUUAACUCCAGUUGCCAAGUUCCUGACGGGCGACUACGACGAUGACUUUGAGCGUCCCGCAGGCGAGGAGCAAAAGAAGCGAGGGGGCAUGAGCUUCAAUGACGCGUACACUACCUCGACCUUCACAUUGAAAAGCCUCACGGGGGCGCUCUGCGGUAUCAUGCCCAUGGUCGCCGACUUUAAUCUCGAGUACCUGCACCACGUCUACCAACCUUGCCUUCCGCACAUCUGGGGAGCCCUCAACACGCUCGAGCACGAGGACGACGGCAGCCAUGACUUUGAAGGAUACAAGUGGGCAUCGACGUUCAUGCAGUCUGUGACGCUGGAUUGGGAUCACUUUGGCUCCCUAAUGGAAAAGCUAGGGUUCUCAAGCGACGGCGGCCUCAUCGACAAGGAAUACCUUAUCAAAGACACGGCCAAGUUCGGCAAGGUUGACCUCAAGAACAUCAACUACUUUGGGUUCGAAGAGACACCCCUCGAAGAUUACAUUCGCGAUGAGUUCGAGAAGGCCAAGAAGGACGAUGGCCGCGUGUUUAUCACGCAUGUCACUAGCACGACCCACCACCCCUUCGGGAUGCCCGCAAAUGAGACGUACGUGCCGCUGGGCAAGGGGCUGGACGAUUUAUCACACUAUAUCAAUGCUGUUGGCUACGAUGACCGCUGGCUUGGCAGAAUAUUAGACACCAUAGACGACCUAGGCGUUGCCAACGAGACUCUUUUGGUGUUUAUGGGAGACCACGGCUUGUCAAUCCCAGAGAACGAUAUCCUGCCCACGUAUUAUAACCCGCAUAUCAUCAACAACCACGUCCCGCUAGUCUUCUCCCACCCCAAGCUACCCGCCAUUACCAUCGACGAUGCUGUCUCGACACAACAGAUCUUGCCGACGAUUCUGGACCUUCUCAUCGAGACGGGCUCGGUAUCCGGUGCUGCCGCCAACGCCACAAGGGACCUCCUACACAACUACGAGGGACAGUCCCUCCUCCGUCGCACGCGCAAUGUAUAUUCAGGGCCUGAGACCAAUGACAAGGAGGUAUCCAAUUGGCAAUUUACCAACAUCAACCCGGGACGCGCAAUGCUGGGCCUGCGCGACGCACGGCAAAAAACCUGGCGGAUGGUGGUGCCAGUAGUGGAUAACCAGGAGUGGCAAUUCUUCGACACGGCGCGCCCUGACGUGGAAGCCGUGGUGGCAUUCGAGUUUAGUGAGUAUCAGAAAAAGAUCGAAGAGUCUUAUGGCGAGGAUGAGGCGCGGUGGGUGGAAGAAGCGGCGUUUGUGGCCCGGUGGGCUUUGGACGAAAACAGCAGGCGGUGGCGUUACGGCCCUUAUGAGCCUUGA